AUGGCCCUACAGGAGGACGAGAACACCUGGGUUUUGGAACUGGAAGCGGCAUUACUGGAUACAGAAGCACCGUCUGCUUCUGAUAUAUAUGCCAUUUGUAAAGGUCAACCGGUCCCUGUAAAUUUAAGACCAGAUGUCUGGUUGGCUUGCCUUUAUGUUACUGAUCGAGGUGAUCAAUUUAGCCAGUUUAAUGAAGUUUACGAUUUACCAGAACAAAAUAUAAUUCGUGAUGACUGUCAACAGUUGGUUGCAAAACUUGGAAAUGAUGAUGAAGAUAAAGUUUCUGUAGUUUCGGAUCUUGAAUCUAUACUAACGUUUUAUUGUAAAAGUAAAUGUAAACAAUAUGAAAAAGGAAAUGGAUGGCUAGAAUUAUUAGGUCCUUUAAUAGCUUUAAAAUUACCACGUGCUGCAACUUAUAAUCUCUUUGAAGCAAUAAGAGAUAACUAUAUUCCAAGAGGUGAAACAUAUAGCUCAGUCUUGAGAUUACUGCUUCUCUAUCAUGAGCCAGAACUGUGCUCCUUCUUGGACACGAAGAGGAUAUCACCUGAUCAAUAUACGAAAGUAUGGAUGAAUACCCUUUUCGCCGGUGUCUGUUCAUUACCAGCUGUUUGUACAAUGUGGGAUCUGUACUUUAUGCAAGCUGAUCCAUUUUUCAUGCUGUUCCUCUCACUAAUUAUGGUUAUAAAUGCUAGAGAGCAAAUAUUGAACAUGAAGGACGAAGACAAGCAAAGUAUAAUAGAUGCAAUAGCAGUAAUGCCCUGUGCUUUGGAAGCAGAGGAUGUAACCGAUUUCUGUUCGUUGGCACAGUAUUACGCAAUGAAAACACCAACAUCUUUUAAACAAGACUUGUAUUCCGUACUGUUUGGUGAAAGUUCUGAAGAAAAGCUAAUUUCUCACGCACUAUGUUUACCCGUAUCGGCACAAGAAUUAGUAGAGAAUGCUAUCGAAACUCCAUCUUUACCUAAUAGCACUGUUGAAGCUGUUAGAUUCUUUCUCGUGGAUUGUAGACCUGCCGAACAAUACAACGCAGGCCAUUUGCCAACGGCAUUUCAUCUUGAUUGCAACUUGAUGUUACAAGAACCCGCUGCGUUUGCUACAGCGGUACAAGGCUUACUACAAGCUCAGCGUCAAGCAUUAGCUGUUGGUUCACAGGCUGGUGGAGAACAUCUUUGCUUUCUGGGAAGCGGUAGACAAGAGGAAGAUCGCUACACGCAUAUGGUAGUAGCAUCCUUUUUACAAAAACAUACACAUUACGUGAGCAUGGUUACUUCUGGAUAUCAAGCCAUUCAUGAAUACUUCGGCGAUGAAGUGGUAUCAAGUCUUGUUGAUCAUAAUUCACAAUAUUGUCUAGUAUGUAAUGCUAAUAUGUUAGAAGAAAAUUCGAACGAAGCAAGCCCUGUUAAAGUUAAAAAUAAUAAUUCUGAUCUUUUGGGCAAGAUCGGAUUAGCCAUGAAGUUAAAGAGUCAGGAAGUAAAAGGAAAGCUAUUCGAUUAUAUUGUUAAUCCUACAGCAAAUGGUAAUAGUAAUACAGAAAAAAGAGAUAGUAAAGACUUGGACUACAUUAGACGGCAAAGAAAGACCGCGCCUGUGUUUAGUAUAGAUGAUGAUCAAGAGAUAGAUAUGACAAUGACUAAUAAUGAAAGUGAAGAGCCUAUCGAAGUAGUAUCAAUACAACAAUGGAUGAAAGAUCCCAAGUUAUUACAUUCCUUUAAAUGCCAAGAAGUGAAAGUUAAUGGCGAUCUCUGUGAUAGUCAACUAUUGGUUACCGAUAGUCAUCUUAUAGUACUGCGAGAAAUCCCGGAACGAAAGGGCGCCGCGCACGUAAUUGUAAAACGUCCCUUAACGAGUAUCGUCAAAAUAACGUCGAGAAAGCGGCACGCCGAUCUAAUAACUUUUAAAUAUGGUACGACGCAAUAUAACGACACAGUUAUUUCUGAUAUGGAUAAGUUUCUUAUACCUAACGCGAGUGAAGCGACUAAAUUGAUCACGCAACAGAUCAUGAGACAAUUAAAUACGUCAGACUAAUAUUAUGGGCACGUAUUUUAUAGAAUAAUUUCAAGCUAAUGUACAGAUGUUAUCAAGUUCAAUUUGAUGAACAGUUUUCUUAAAACAUUUUAUCUUAUAAACAAGUUAUUCAUAUUAUUUAUUGAAAUAAUUAUUCAUUUACUUUUUGUAUAUAAAAUAUAGUCAUUUAAAUCAGAGUUUUUCAAUAUAUCAUAUUCUUUAAGUG